UCCAUACGGAGUAGAAACGUUCAACUCCACAGUCUGUCGUACCCUCCCCCACACGCUGCAGUGAAUCAAUUUUAUGGACUUGUCGACUGGAAACCUGCCUAAGUUCGAGUUGAGGAACGUGGCAAAAUCCUCGAUGCUAUGGAGGUAGGGGAGCAACACCCUGGCGGCAGCGAUCCGAUCGCCGACGCCGUUUCGUCUGACGGCGAUCAUCAGCGACUGAACGGAAAGUUGCGCCAACUACCCGGAGUCGCAUCAAAAGACAUCGAGCAAGGUUCGACAAGUGCAAAUGAAGGUCUUACAGACCAGGCGCUCAGGUUCUUUUCGAAUGCUAGUAAUGAGACGCUUGGGGCUUGUUUGGUUGGUCUCGGCGCCACAACAUAUUUCGUGCUCGGCAGGGUGGGUUUAGUAUUAAUCGGGGUCGUUGGAGGAGUGGCCAUACAUGCCAGUUGGGAGGAUGGCAGCACUGGGGCCUCUAGUGAUGAAAAGCAAUCAGGGGGUAUGAGCACUCGACGAGAGCCGGGCGUAAAGAUUGUAGAAAGACUUCUGGAUUGGCGCGACAGGAAGAAUGCAGAGGAUGAGAAGGGGGAGCUUGCGACAGGUGUAAGCAAGAAUAGAAGAGAUCAUUCCGAAUACCAUUACUCAAACCUCCCACCUGCUACGCGGUCGGCCUUGUCAGAUCUCACUGAUGCCAUUAUUAGAGAUUAUGUGAAAUUCUGGUAUUCACCAAUUCUCCCAGCUGAAGCAUCAUUUCCGGCCGCUUGCCAACAGACGCUGACGGGAUUUAUGCUCUCUGUUUCAUCACAUUUGUCACGGAAGAGACCCGCUGAUUCGUUCCUUGAUUUUCUCACAAACGCGUCUUCCAUCAUCAUCGUGUUUUUCAACGAGUUGUCGAGCGCCAUAUCGGCUCCUUCUCCAAUUCCGUUGCCCGCGCCGAAAGCCGUCCUGGACUAUCUCGAGUCCAACCCGGAUAGCAACCUUGCGAAUCUACUUAGCCAAAAGCAUCAACAACGAAAACUGGUCAUGGUUGCCGAGGAUGUCUUGCAGACUUUUCUUGAGCCAGCAGUGUAUUCUUGUCUGCCCGCGCGGGUGUUCCUGCGGGAGAUACUAGCAGGAGUUAUACUGGAAUCGACUAUUCAGACUUGUUCACAGCCAGAGUGGAUCAAUGGCUGGAUCGUCUCGAUGCUUGAAAAGGGGGAACCAGAGAUCAUGAAUGCAAUCGAUGCCGGCGUCACCGGUACCGAUGGCAAAGGACUUGAGACUGUGAAACGACAAGCAGAGACAACAAGGUUAGCUAGCGUGAAAGAAGAUUCGCUAGAAGAGAGCGUGCGGAGGGGCGAGGGGACACAGCCCGAGACACAUUCCAGCAAAGCUGAGGUGGCUAUGGAGGCUGCAAUGCGUGAAGCUCAAAGGCUGAAUGAAAUGAUAGCUGAAGAAGACGCUCGAAGACACCGCUCACGUGUUUCGGAAGAGAGCACAAGUAGGGAUGGUCCAAAACCGGACUCCGCAAAUCACGCAAGUCAUUCCAUGACUCUGCCAUCAGACAGCGGCAUAUUAGAACCUAACGAGGCUUUCAAUGGCCGUUCUUCCGCCGAGGCUGCGCGAUCUUUUAUUGAAACGGCGAAUUCAGAAAAGCGAUCUACUCCAUCGGCUUUUCCAGGCUUUGAUACGCAACAGUCCGUUAUAACAGAACACAAAGAUGACAGUGCCAUUGUCGAAAGUCCUUCUUCUGCAACCCUGAGUCUGGUCAAUGCAUCAAUAUCCUUAAUUGAUGAUUCAUUGUGCGAGGACGGAAAGGCUCUACGCUCCAAACCUGCGUCCGACUAUCUUAUCCAAAUUGAGCCUGCAUCGCAGAAAUUUCCGGGUUGGAUGAUAGCAAGAAAUUACGUCGAUUUUGAAACGCUUCAUGAAGUUAUGCGCCGAAUUUCCAUGAUCGCCGGAAUUCCAGAAUUUGGAGAACGUUAUCGGUGCAUUCCAAGCUGGAAAGGAAACACAAAGUCCGAUUUGCGGUUGCAAUUAGAAGUGUAUCUUCGGACUGCUCUGACAUAUAGACAACUUGCUGAGAGCGAGGGAAUGAAGAGAUUUUUAAACAAAGAUCAGGGACUUGAUCGGAUCGCGCAAGGAAACAAAAGCGGGUUUCCCGGCCUCGGCUGGCCCAGCCCGGCGGCUUUCGAGACCAUGGGGAAGGGAAUGUUGGAUGUGCUGUCAAGUGCUCCAAAAAACGCUGCAGAUGGCGGGAAGACUUUGCUUGGAGGUGUGACUGGGGUAUUUGGUGGGGUUGGCGGCUUUGGACAGAAGCGGCAAUCUUCUGGCAAUUUAAGCUCGGCUUUAAAUAGGACAGGAUCGAUGUCGGCCCCUUCUCUUUCACGCACUGACAGUCAAGAUUCGUUUUCUGGUCUUCGAAGAAGCAGAGACAGUGAAGAUAAUGGUUGGAGAGCAUCUGGCACAUCUAGCAUUCAACGAGAAAUACUCCCGCAUACAAUGCCAGCAAGCCGAACUAGCAACGAUUCUGCUUCGGGCUCCAACUACUCAAUGGUCCCCGAUACAUCUCUCCGUAGAUCAAUUUCAGGGGCAUCUGAAAUGAGCAGAAAGUUGGAGCUAUCCACCGCGGAGCGUGGCACCCGCUUACCUCCACCACCAAGUGAAAUUUCAGAUGAUUAUACCUCCCCUCCUACAAGCGAGGCUCAGACCCCGUCUCAAAUUUCCAAAACUUCCUUGGCGCCCUCGCCCAAAUCAGCAGGCGCUGUUCCAGAUUCUUCUGAGCAAGGCCGAACCUCUGGUCAAAGGGCCUCUGCUGCGUUAGCCGCUACACUUCCAAGUCAUCUCGAGGAGACGCCGGCUAAAAGUCAAUCUCAAUCUGCGCCUCUACCAAUUAAUGAACAAGAAACACAAGUGGCCGUGGAACUCAUAUUCGCAGUCAUAAACGAGCUGUAUACCUUAUCGUCUGCCUGGAAUAUUCGUCGCACUCUCCUUACUGCAGCAAAAACAUUUCUUCUGCGCCCAGGAAACCCAAAUUUAGAAGCAAUCCGUGCUCUACUACAGGAAUCAGUUAUCGAAGCCAAUACUUCUGAUGAGGGAAUUGCAAGCCACCUCCGCAGUAUUCGCGAGAACAUCAUGCCUACCGAAGAGGAGCGCCGGAAAUGGCCCCCACCAAAGAGCGAAAAGGAGAAAGAGGAUCUGCGCCGAAAGGCUCGUAAAUUGCUUGUUGAACAUGGCAUGCCCCAGGCCCUCACUAGUGUUAUGGGAGCGGCUGCCAGUGGUGAGGCGUUGGGAAGGGUAUUCGAUUGCUUGCAGAUUGAACAAAUUGCACGUGGUCUUAUAUUCGGCCUCCUCCUCCAGGCAGUCCGUGCUAUUGCGCAGUAAACGAAAGGGAUCCGGCAGUGCACCCUUCAUCAAAGGCGAUCAACGAGAAUUACGAUUACGAGGAGCGGCGACCUUGAUUCUGACUUGGUUCCGUUAUCAAUUAUUAAUUACUUAAUGCAAAAUGAUAUCUUAUGGCAGGCACAAGGAUAAAAUCAGCAAAGAUACCACUGCUAAUAUCUAAGCCCUUGGGCAUGCCGCAUUAGUUAUGGAGCCUCGCGAGAUAUACAACGUA